GAAGUAAACUAAAAGGUCCUGGCGACGAAGCUUUAUAAAGUUUCCACCUUUGUUUACCUCGACCGUUUUCGUAACUUAAUUUGCUAGCUAGAAUUCAUAAAAUACAAAAUGAACAGACAAGUAGAGUAUGAUUCAUAUGAGAUAGAGGAGCCAAGUGAUGAAGAAAACGCUGAAGACAGCUCUGAGGAUGAGCUGGAUGUGCUCUUGAACGGGACCCCAGGUCAGAAGAGGAAGCUUAUCCGAGAAUACUUGACUGGGGAGAGUGAGUCCUCCAGUGGGGAUGAGUUUGAGAAAGAGAUGGAGGCAGAGCUCAGCACCACCAUCAAGACUAUGGAGUGCAAAUGGGCGCCACCUACAGCACCAGCAGGAGAGGCUUUGGGUACCAAUGACAAUGCUGCAACGCCUGGGUUACCACAGCCAGAGCUUUAUGACAAUGUUUAUUUUGACUCUGAUUCAGACGAGGAGGAAAUUGCUCCAAGCAGUUCCUCGGGUCAGAGACGCAGGAAACAGCGAUCCAUCCCCACCAACGAUGAACUACUUUACGACCCGGAUGAGGAUGACCGGGAUCAGGCAUGGGUGGACGCCAAGAGGAGGAGGUACAACGAAAAGAGAAGAUUGCAAUCUUCACGAAACAGAAGAGGGCAGUCCCAGGGGCUUCCAAGCAGCGAUGCUGUCCUUAACUGCCCAGCAUGCAUGACCACGCUGUGCCUUGACUGUCAAAGGCAUGACAAAUACAGGACCCAAUACAGAGCCAUGUUUGUCAUGAAUUGUACAGUAAACAAAGAGGAGAUUUUACGGUACAAAACGCUCAAUGAGAAAAAUCUGAGGAGCAGAAAGAGGAGGAAAGGGCAUCAACCAGAGCCAACAGCAUCAACCACAACCGCAAUGGAAGCCACAGAUUCAGGAGCGGUGUUGGGGAUGGGCGGAGAGGAGAUCUACCAUCCUGUUCAGUGUACGGAGUGCUCCACUGAGGUGGCAGUGCUCGAUAAGGACGAGGUCUACCACUUUUUUAACAUCCUCGCCAGCCACUGCUGAAGAUACACUGUUGAUAUGACCUUUGUGAUAUCCCUGAUAAGACUUUUGGUGUCUGAAUGUACAUCUUUUUAUGGUAUUAGACAGGGGUGUAUUAUCAUGUAAAGAUUUGAUUACAGCCAUUGUCCGCCAUCAUUUUAU